AUGUAUCACAGGAAGGGCAGUGACCAUGAGGGUCGUGACGAUGAGGAUGAUGACAAUGAGGAUGAUGACGAUGAGGAUGAUGACGAUGAGGAUGAGGAAGAUGAAGACCAUGAGGAUGAAGACUAUCGGGAUGAAAUCCAAGACUGUUAUCAGAGAAGGAGUUACUACCCUUCUGGAGCAAGCGCCAAUGAAAACCGGCAAGAAUUUGCUUACUAUCAGCACGGGGAAAAGUCUGAAUUUUAUUACGACGGAGACGAAUUCGAAGAGAUAUUUACAAAGACAACAAAGAAACGUGUAAAGGGAAACUUCAGAGAUACAAUCACACAGGCAAGCAACACUGAUAGCGACGAAGAAGGAAUGUGCAUGGGGCCAUCCGCUAAAAGAUCUCAAGGACAACAGGAUUACCAAAAUCGUAGAAUGUCAAGGUUCCCACAGGGAAGGAAGUCAUCUGGAGAAACGGGGAAUGACUUUGGCGAGACAAGCGAAUCAUCCAAUUUGAUAGACAACUUUUUCGAAGACAUCGACAAAAGAAUCAAGAAGCAACCACUUCGCUCCCUUCUUCCUCACACAAAGGGCAAAAUUUUUCACACCACUUUUGGGAAUGCUUCUAUACGGGAAAGUAGUAAUGACCGUAGGUUCUUCGAUGGCUUAUUUGUUUUUUCUCGUUUCGUCCACUAUCAUAAUCAUUUACCUUGGACGUAA